GAAGGAUAAUACUCAUACAGAAUUUAUAACCUCAAAGUUGUGGAAACAAAUUGGUCCGUGAAUUUGAAACAAUUGAGAUAAAUUAUAAAUAAUAAUGUCUAUAAUUUUAAGAACAUAUCGACGAGGUUCAAGGCUCCAGCCUGUUUUAUCUCGCCUUUGUAGUACUGAGACACAACAACCAAGUGAAACAGAUAAAUCCAAACUAGGUGGCUUUGCACAAGCUUUUGAAAAAUAUACAUCAGAGAAAACCGAGGAAAAAGUAGAAGAAAAGCAGACAUUCGCUGCCUUAUUGAGAAACUCUAAAUUUAUUGAUCUUGGAGAUCCUGCAGAUAAAAUAGUGACUGGUAAAAUAUACCACAUAGUCGGUGACGAUCUAUAUAUAGACUUUGGUUGGAAAUUCCAUGCUGUAUGCUCUAGACCUCAGAAAAAUAGCGAAGAUUAUGUUCGUGGUGCACGUGUCAGGCUUAGGGUAAAAGAUCUUGAAUUAUCAACGAGAUUUUUGGGAUCUGAAAAAGAUUUGACAAUAUUAGAAGCUGAUGCAGUACUUUUAGGACUAAUUUCAUCGCCUGCUCGAAGUGCUCAAGCAAAUGCAGAAACAAAAUAAAAGAAUUUGUA